UCUUCUACAUGAGCGUAACGUGCCAUUGGAUCGAUGAGCAUUGGUGCUUUCAUAAGGUUCUACUCGAUAUAUGCCGCGUACCUUACCCUUUUGGAGGUUCUGAGAUGUACCAGUGCCUGACCAAGGUUCUCAAGAUGUAUGGACUGGAGGACAGGGUGUUAUCUUGUACUCAUGAUAAUAGCGAGACAGCCGUUCAUGCGUGUCAUGUGCUGAAGGAUGACUUGGAUGGCCUUAAAGCAGGGCCGUUUUGCUAUAUUCCUUGUGCUGCUCGCAGUUUGAAUAUGAUUAUUGAUGAUGGGUUGAGGACGACAAAACCAUUGAUCUCUAGGGUACGGGAGCUUGUGCUGGAGAUGAAUUCAUCGGUUGAGAUGUUGGAUGAUUUUGUUCAGUUGAACUCCGCGUACCAGGAAGGCAGCAGUUGGAAGUUUCCUCUUGAAACUUCAACAAGAUGGAGCGGGAAUUACCAGAUGCUUGAUCUUGUGCGGAAGGCUGGUAAAUCUGUGGACGGUGUCAUGAGGAAGUACGAAGAAGUUUUAGGCAACAGGAUGACAUUAGGUUCUACAGAGAAGAAUGCAAUCAGUGUUGUUCACGGAUUUCUGGAGCCCUUCCACAAGACAACAAACGACAUAUGCACAAACAAGUUCCUCACAGUUGGUUUAGUUCUCUUCUUCAUGGACCACAUUUCUGAGACGAUCAGCAUGUGCAGAGAAUCUCGCCACUCUCCAGAAUGGUUCAAAACUGUGGCAGAAGAUAUGGCCAAGAAGGCCAGAAGUUACAGCACCCAAGUCUGCAACUUAUUCACCUACAUGACUGCAAUCCUUGACCCGCGUAUAAAAACUGAGCUCAUCCCCGGGAGCCUCAGCUCGGGAGGUUACUUAGAAGAAGCAAGAGCACACUUCGUAAGAAACUACUCCACAACCCAUUUUGGCCCAUCGAUGGCGGGUGGGUAUGGCUUGCAGUCGCAGGAGAUUGAAGACGGAGGACAUGCGAAUGUUUCUUUUGCCGAGGAGAUCGUGCGAAAGAGACGAAGAGCUAGUAUGAGCAAUGUGACUGACGAACUUACUCAGUACCUUACGGAGGCCCCAGCACCAAUACCGACUGAUGUUCUGGAGUGGUGGAAGGUGAACAGCACACGCUACCCUCGACUCUCAGUGAUGGCCCGAGAUUUCCUGGCAGUGCAGCCUACCUCAGUUGCUCCCGAGGAAGUGUUCUGUGGGAAAGGUGAGGAGGUUGAUAAGCAGCGGUUCUGUAUGCCACAUGAUAGCACACAAACCGUGCUUUGUGUUAGGUCAUGGAUUCAGAAGGGGAUCAAGUUUAAGUACAGAUCAACUGAGAUUGACUACGAGAGGUUGAUGGAGAUGGCCGUGGCUGCAGCAGCGGCAAGUAACAACGUUAGCAGUUCGGACAAGAAAGAAAACUGAUAUAGGUAGGACAUCAAAGAAUUGAAGCUACAGACGUGAUUAGCUUCCCUCAUGUUGUAGACUU